UAGCCUAAGUUACCUUAUUCCUUAUCUUAUAUGUAUCUGCCUCUACCGUUAUUCAUUACCAACCACCCAAAUAUCUCUUUUGUUUUAUGAACACCACCCAAAUAUCUCUUUAUCUGAACUCAUCUCCUCCUCCAAAUUUCUGUGUGUGCGCGUUGAAUCAUGGCCUUGAAUGAGCAAAAAGAAGAAAUUCAUGUGCUAAUGGUGGCAUUUCACAUUAACCCUUUGCUUAGACUAGGAAAACGCCUUGUCUCUAAAGGCCUGCAUGUCACCCUUGCAGUCACAGAAGUAUUUCAGCAACGUAUGUUCAAAUCUUCCUCCAUCACCACCACCAAUUCCAUCUCCGGAAUCCAACUACUAUUCUACUCUGAUGGCUUUACCAUCGAAUAUGACCGCAAGGCCAAUAUUGAUCUCUACAUGGAGACCCUAAGUAAAUUUGGACCCCUUAGCCUCUCAAACCUCAUCAAAAAUCGCUUCCAUGGUGAACAUAAAAAACUUUCUUGCAUCAUCAACAAUACUUUUGUGCCAUGGGUAGCUAACGUUGCUGAAGAGCAUAAAAUUCCAUGUGCCAUGCUAUGGAUCCAACCUUGUGCUCUCUAUGCCAUUUACCACCACUUUCAUAACAACCUCCUCCCAUUUCCUACUCCUACAAACCCAGACAUGAGUGUUCAAUUACCAGGCUUGCCAUUGUUGCACACACAUGACCUACCAUCAUUUGUUCUUCCAUCAAAUCCAUUUGGUAGUUUACCAAAGCUAUUCGCCCAAGUGUUCAAAAACUUGAAGAAGCUUAAGUGGGUACUGGGAAACACAUUCUAUGAGCUUGAGAAGGAAGCCAUUGAUUCCAUGGCUGAGCUUUGCCCAAUACGAGCUGUUGGUCCACUAGUCCCUUCUUCCAUACUUGGUGAAGACCCAAAUCUCGAUAUUGGCAUAGAAAUGUGGGAACCCCAAGAAUCAUGCAUGGAGUGGCUCAAUCAUCAACCACCUUCUUCAGUUAUCUACGUUUCAUUUGGGAGUAUCAUAAUGUUAUCAGGUAAGCAGUUAGUGAGCAUUGCAACAGCCUUAAAGAACAGUAAUCGUCCAUUUCUUUGGGUGUUGAAACGUUCAGAAGUGCCAAAACGAGAAGGUGAAGAAGAAUUCCCACCAGGGUUUUUGGAAGAAACAAAAGACCGAGGCCAUAUAGUAACUUGGUGUCCUCAAACAAAGGUUUUAGCUCACCCGUCUAUUGCAUGCUUUUUAACACAUUGUGGUUGGAGUUCCUUGCUAGAAGCCAUAAUAUUGACCUUUUCACGCACAUGGACUAUUUUUCCAUUUCCAAUGCAUGCAAUCAACUGAACCUAACAUACCUGGAAAUCCACGCCUUUUGUCAUGGGCCUUUUGUCUUCAUUAUUUGGCUUCCUCAAAUAUUCCUCAGAGAAAAUAUCAACCAUCGCAGUAACAAAUUUUUCCAAACUCUGUAGGCUAGUGAUUUCUCCAAUCUGCACAUACUCAUCCAUAAAAUCACCCGUUACUCCAUACGCAAGUAUCCUGAGUGUAGCAGUGAUCUUUUGAAGGGAAGAUAACCCAAGCUUUUUGCCACCAUUUCUUUUUUGGACAAAGUAUGGAUCAUGAGCUUCUACAUUAGAAAUAAUAUUGAGAAAAAUAGAACGGCUUAUCCAAAAUCUCCUCCGAAAUACUUUCUUUGGAUAAACUGGUAAAGUAGUCAAAGUAAAGCCUUUCUGGCUUGCCAAAUGAUUACGUCUAAUAUAGGAACGACGUUUACGUCGUGAUGUUGAAUAAAUGACAACUUCUUUGAUUA